UGCCCCUGUCUCUCUCUGUUUGUGUUUCAGGUGAAAUGUGAGUAAGAGAGCUGAGCCAUGGAGCUGAAUGAGACUGGAGGUCAAACUGUGGCUCUGGAGCCAUGUGAGCAGCAGAUCCUCCAGGAGGACAACAGUUCCAUCAGCAACCUGUUGUUGCACUGCUGGCUGCAGCUCCUCACUAAGGAAUCGAUUGUAGAGCUUCAAGGAGACAACUCCAGUCUUGUUUUGCGCAUGAUGAUAGCGUGUGUCUACUCCAUCGUGUGUGCCCUGGGACUGGUGGGAAACUCGCUGGCUCUGUAUCUGCUGCACUCACGUUACCGGCAGAAACAGUCUUCCAUUAACUGCUUUGUGAUGGGGCUGGCUGUCACGGACCUGCAGUUUGUUCUGACUUUGCCGUUCUGGGCAGUGGACACAGCUCUGGAUUUCCGCUGGCCGUUUGGUCCAGUGUUGUGCAAAAUCAUCAGCUCUGUCACUGCCAUGAAUAUGUAUGCCAGCGUGUUCUUCCUCACUGCUAUGAGCAUGGCACGCUAUUACUCCAUCGCCUCCGCCCUCAAGAUGCACAGCAGGCAGGCAGCAGCUGCCAAGGCCAAGUGGACCAGUUUGUGCAUUUGGGCGUUCUCUUUGCUGGCCGCGCUGCCUCACGCCAUCUACUCCACUAGCGCGCAAGUUUCAGAUGAGGAGCUUUGCCUGGUGCGCUUCCCAGACUCAGGCAUCUGGGAUCCACAGCUACUUUUGGGUCUGUACCAGCUACAAAAGGUCCUGCUGGGUUUCCUCAUUCCUCUCAUCGUGAUCACUGUUUGUUACCUGUUGUUGUUGCGGAUCAUCCUCAGCAGGCGCAUCGCAGGCCUGGCGGGCCCAGAGAUCCAACACAGCCGGCAAAGCCGCCGCUCCAAAGUUACCAGAUCGAUAAUCAUUGUGGUUCUGUCGUUCUUUCUCUGCUGGAUCCCCAACCAGGCACUGACGCUCUGGGGAGUGCUUAUCAAGUUUGACCUUGUGCCAUUCAGCAAGGCAUUCUACAACACGCAGGCCUACGUGUUCCCUGUCACUGUGUGUUUGGCACACACCAACAGCUGUCUCAACCCUGUGCUCUACUGUCUGACCCGCCGGGAGUUUCGGCUGGGUCUGAAGAGCCUCCUCCUCCAUGCCACGCCGUCAGUCAGAAACCUGACUCGUAUGAUGCGCCGCAAAGCAAAGGUAGCUGAGGCUCCGCCUGUUGUAGUGCUAGUCCAAAUGGACGUCUGACAGACAGAAAUCAUUCAGAAAAUAAUAAGGCAAUUGAGUUGGAC